CUCUCUCUCACACACACACCAAAGAAACUCUUUCUUCUAUUCCUCCACCCACAAGAAUCUCCCUCAUCAUCAUCAUCAUCUCCAUACCACCACACACACUCCUCUCCGCAGUGCAUGCAACAUGGCAGACACCGAGAUUUCCCCCCUGGUGACGUACGAGGAGCUCGCGGCGAUCGAGAUGGAUUUUGAAGACAUUGACAACCAAAUCAUGAUCAAACAAUACCAACUCAGCAAAUCCGCCUACGCCCGCCGUUCAGCAGCAAUUUCCAAAAUCCCCAAUUUCUGGCCUCUAGUAAUCGAAGCCUCCCCACCCGAACUCGACAGUUUCGUCCAUCCGCAAGAUUCCAAAAUUUUCGCCGAAUCUCUCACAUCGAUUGAAAUUACACGUCCCGAAAUCGACUCGUCUGCUUCUGCUUCUGCUUCUGCAACACCAAAAGGAGAAUUCAAAGGCCAUCCCCGCUCCUUCCAAAUCACGUUUACAUUCUCUCCCAACGCCUACUUCUCCAACUCCACUUUAACCAAAACUUUCCACUAUCGCCGCGCAAGCGACGGAUGGUGUAAUCUCGUUUCCGAACCCGUGCGCAUCGACUGGAAAAAUCCUGAACAAGAUCUUUCCGAGGGAUUGACAGAUGCUGCUUAUGCUUUAUUUCACGCACGAAAAAAUGCUACAACAUCCACAUCCACCACCACGUCCACAACCGGAGGAGAAGCAGGCGACCCAACCUCCCUUUCAAUGCAACAAAAAUCUCUCCCCGAAUACUCCCACCUCCUCACACUCCUGACGUCGAAAAACGGACACAAUACAUCCUUUUUCACGUGGUUUGGUUUCGUGAGUAGUAGACGAUGGGUCUCGGCGGAAGAAUCGGAAAAAGCUUGGGAAGAAUUUUAUGGCAAACUUGAAGCGGUGAGGAAGGGUGAAAAAAUCUCUCUCGUUGCUGCAAAAGAUGGGGAUAAAGAUGAUGAGGAUGAUGAGGAGGAUGAUGAGGAGGAAGAAGAAUAUGGAGAUCAAGCUGUGGAAGUGUUUGAAAACGGAGAUGAUGUAGCUGCUGUUUUGGCAGAGGAGAUUUGGCCGAAUGCGAUCAAAUAUUUUACGCAGGCGCAGGAGAUGAGUGAAAGUGAUGGGCUAUCUUAUGAUGAGGAUGAUGACGACGAGGUGGAGUCGGAAGAUGGAGAGGAAGAAGAAGUGGACAUGCAAGCUCUCGUGGCCGAGGCCAACAACCAAAAGACGGAAAAGAAGAAGAAACGGCAGAGCGAUGUCGGGUUUCCGAGUAAAAAACAAAAAAAUUAGAACAUGGAAUCAGGUCAUCUGAAUCUACCGCAGGUACCUGCCUAAGGUGGUACCAACCUCCGGAGAUACCUCUUCUGCAGACCACACGAUAAUACCCUCUGUUUUUUUUUCUAUCUGCACGACUACAUAGAUGAAGC